AGUGCCUGACAGGACGUGGGGGCUGGAAAGUCGCCGCCGCUCAAGGGCCUGCUCCUUGCCCCAUUUCUGCCGUGGCACUUUCCUGAGAAAACUUGUGGGCUGAGACUCCUUGGAUUGAGCCGCGGCUCCGGUUAACUUGCUCCUGCCACAGCAAAAUGUGAAGAAAGAGUUUACGACAGGAGGGUCUGUGUCGGAGACUGGGUAGCAGACAACCCGGAACUUAGCGCCUGAAAGCAGCAACCACAGGACGUUUGGGGGUGACCUGGCAGGGUCGCCCUACCUCAGGGUCUCUUGAGACGUGGGCCGGGGCCACUAUCGUCUGAGGUGGACAUGGGCUGGAGCGCCGACCCCCGGCGACGGCUCACGCUCAGGCCUUGGCGGCGGCCUCGGCUUUCCCCCCGAACGGCCCAUGCGCGCCAGCUGGCUUGCCUCGGAGGGAGAAGUCCAAGAGAGAGACCAAGUCAAAGCCACCGUGUCUCUUAUCCCACACCACUGCUUCUGCCUUCUGGUCACAAACCCAGCCCCUCAGCGUGGGAGCAUCAACCCAGAGGCGUGAAUACCGACAGGGUUGAUUGGGGGGUCCACCAGGGAUCAUCCUGGGGAUUCUGACAGUUAUGAUGACGAUAACUUAGGCGAGGGACUGGAAGUCAUCGAGUCUGAUCCUUGGGUGAGGACCGCGGUCCAAAUGAUUGCACAUGUACGUCUCUGCCAACAGGUGGCAGCACUUGUCCACAUCCUGGCUUUCCUUCUGCGUAUUGAUGACUGAUCACAGCCUAAGUGCCAGAAACUGAGAAACCAAAGAGCCAUGUUCCUGCCCUGGCCAUGCCGUUUGUGGUUUAGUGAAUCAUUUUGUGCAGCAGAGUGAAAAAAAAAAAGUGGCUUUUGUUUAAUAGAGAUAAGUAUAGUCCAAGGGAUUGGGGUAGGUGGAGGAGAGUUGCCCAAUAGACUUUAUAGUAGCAAGCAGUAUAGGCUUGAGGAAGGGUGUUAGGACCGGGGUGACAGUUUGGACACAGUCUAGAAUGUAUGGGAGGCCACUAAAGCGUUUGAAGCCAAGGAAUCUACUAGAAGCUAACUCUGACUGACUACACAGUAAAGGGGUGACUCUACAGGGAACUGAGGGAAGACUGGGAAAGUAGUGCCAGGCGAAGCUUCCAAGACCAAAGCUCAGAACCACGCUGUAAAACUGGCCUGGUGCAGAAACUGCUACAAUUGGGAUUGUAGUUGUCACACACACUACCCUGUAGGAAGCUGCUGCCACCAUAGCCAGGAACCACUGGAGAAUGGCUGCCAUUCCUGUCAUCAAGUAUCACAUGCUUUUGCAACCUCCUACACCAACAAAAUGCCAAACUCCACAAGAGCCUGUUGCUUCAUCUUGCUUACUUCCAAAUCACAGGCUCACUGGAGCGCAUCUAAUAGAAUCUAGGUCCCACACCUGAGCUUGAACUCCAAAGGAGACUGGUAGCUGGGGUGUGAACUCCUCCCUUGGGGAAGCAGGACUCAUAGUAUUGAAAUCCACAUCCUCCCCCCACAAAUAUGGGGCAGGCUAUUCUGAAGGUGUUAGGAAGCAAUGUAUCUGGCAGGUGUAUAAUGCCAAGGGCAUGCUCAGAUCUGAAAUGUGAAUCUAUCGUCUAUCACUGAAGGGCGGAGGGGUAGAGAUUACAUCAGUUUCUUAACUUCACCACCAGUGACAUUUUGGGUCACAGAGGCCUUACUGUGGGGACAGUUCUAUGCAUUGUAAGAUGUUUAGCAGCAUUCCUGAACUCUAUCCACAAAAUAUCAGUACCACCCUCUACCUCCCAAGUUGUAAGAACCAAAGGUGCUUCAUAAAUUGAUGAAUAUCCCUCUGGAGACAAAAAUCACCUUGAAAACCACCAAAUUUGAGACCAGCUCAGGAAGGUCUUUUGGUAACAGAGAAGAAAUGAAUUUGUGGAAUGUCAGUGGAUGGACAGGGAAAAUGUCACAGAAAAAACAAUGCAAGACUACUGUGAUGAUACUCUUUGGAGACCAUUUUCGGAGCCCAUCUACUAUAGUCUACUUCUGAGUACUACAUACGCCUAUAUGAUGCGUCUGAGAACCAGAAGAGUGAAAUAAUUUGCCUAAAGUUGGGGUAUUGGAAUGACCAGGACAGGUCCAGACAAGAAAAGACCACUGAGAGGAGGGAUCUCCACAUUUUACAUUCUCUCUCCUCAGCCUUUAUGCAAGCUGUUCAUCCUAAGAAUUCCCCCUAAAUCCUGUGAUAGAACCCCAGGAUACACAACAAUGACUAAAGGAGGAUUUUCACCAAGAUCUGGUUAGAUGUUCAGUUCUUUUAUAAUACUUAUUUCCAUGAGGAAAGAUAUUGUUAGAAUAUUCAGCUUCUUUCUAAAUCUAGCAGCUCCUACAGCACUUGUGUAUGAAUAUGAGAUACAAAGGAGAAUCUGGGCAAGAACUCGCCUUUCUGAGUAAAGUAAUGGGGUGGAUGCUGGUAAAAGUGGGAGCAAGGGAGGAUAGUGGAGCCAAGAGGCUGCUCUGCAGAGGAGAGAGAAGAAAGAGAUCUACGUACGUAGAGAGAGGGAAUGAAAGCUAAGAGAGAUGAAGCAGCAACUGGUGUUUCUCUGGUGGGUAUCUUCACCCAGGAUACCAAGCAAAGGACAGACAUAUCUUAGAAGUAAUUUAUGAAAUUCUUUCACAUAUGGUUGUGAUGUCAUUUGGCUCCUUCCAUGCCUGAUUCUGUAUUUAUUUUUCUAAUGACCUGAAAAUAGUCACAGCACAAUUUCAAGUGUUUAUCUGUGAAGCCCCUGAAAUUAUCUCCCAUACCUCUAGUGGCAUAUGCCCCUUGGGAAGCUGCCACAGAUGACCUCAUUCAUUUCUGGACAAUGACUCGGAAAUUCGUGUCUCCAGCCAACCUCUCCACCUACAGAACUCCAGCUACACUCACCUGCCAUCACCAUUUCAAUGUCUAGCACUAUUAUUUCUGCCCUCACUCCAUUCCAGACACACUGGCCCACCUUUGCUGUUCCCUCUACCUUUUUCCUACAGGCUUUGUCUGCCUGGCUUCUAAUGGACAUAUCUCAGCUCCUCAGGGAUGCCUGUCUAGACAUCCUAACAAAGUAAGCCCACCUCCCUCAGCGCCAUCACCCUACCAAAGUACAAGACCAUCCCACUAACCACAUUCCUUUAUUCCCUUCAUAGCACAUGGGACAGUUUAUACAUUUUUGUUUAUUUUGUUGUUUGCCUAUUUUGUGUCUCCACAUGGACAAGGAUUCUUUUUCUGCCGAAGAGGAUUGUACACAUAAUAAGCAGUCAGUGGAAAUUUCUUGUUGAAUGAAUAGAUUGAUCCGUGGUGCUUGACUCUUAAUGAUUCUGUGAUGAGAGUCUGCAGGCUCCUAGCACCAUUGAUACAGCUACAUACUUGUGAAUAAAAUUUAUGGCUCUUUAUAGUUUUAAUAGCACAUUCCCAUAUGUUAUCAAUGUCUUUCUUCAUCAGAACCUAUCAAGUACAAACUGUUUUUAUCCUCAUGUACUCCCAAGGAAACUCAGACUAAGUAGGUAAAUAUAACUUGAAGUCCAUAAGAAAUCUGAAAUACCAGAAAUAUGGAUAAUGCCAAAUGAAGUUUCCUCCUGUUCUUACUAGGGUCACCAACCUUUCUGAUUUGACCAGGACUGGCCUGGUCCUGAGAAAGCCAGAAAGACUGGGCAUCCUGUCUUACCGAGUGAAUUGUACAUAAGGCAUGAGAUGCUUCAUGGAAUCAGAUCCCUGGCCAUCCAAAAUAUGCAUUGACUGAAAUACAGGGGAAAAGUUUGGGGACAGAGUUUGGGCUCUAAAAGAUAUCAAGUUACAUAGUACUUGAUGAGCCCACCCAACUUACUUCAAGGGAGUGCUGGGACAGGAAAUAAUUAACAUUCUGGAAAGGUAGAGGCCCUUAGAGAUACUAUCUGUUAUCCUACCUUGAAAAUAAAGCCUGGAUAUCAACCACGUGCUUUCAGACUCCAACUGAUUGAUGAUCCAGCAGAAGUACAAGGGAUAUUCUGGGCAGUGGAGAGAUGGGGACCCUGAUUUGGAGAAACUGGCUCAUUGCCCAAAAAGGAUAACUCUUCCUCUUUAAUUCAACAUAAUUUAACAACACCCUUUUCCAUAUUCUUGAAGUCUUGACUUAAUCAUUUUGGGAAAGUCGCCAUAGCAAUUUCCCAAGUGUGGUGUAUGUGUGCAUCUGUGUGUUUUGCAGGAAGGUAAUUAUCGCUUAGGUAGUAUUGUCUGUUCAUCUCGAGAGAGACUGCAGUGUUCAUUCAUGCCAUUGGGUAAUUGUAGUGAAGCAAUUAUGUAUCACAUUUUGAAAGAGGCAUUUAAAAAAAUCUACCACUGAGAUGAUUCAGACUUAAUUAUCUCAGCAUUUUAACAGCUGACUUCAAGGCUCAAGGUAAAGAACACACUUCAGCUUGGAAGGCAGAAGGAAUCAAAGAUCUGCCCAGCUUGGACACGUCCUCCACUUGAGAUGUAUGCAAAGACCAUUCCUGUUAUCUGGGGCUGUUUCUUCCUGUGGAAUCUCUACAGCUCAUCCUCUCAGACCAUUUACCCUGGCAUCAAGGCAAGGGUUACUCAACGGGCCCUGGACUAUGGUGUCCAAGCUGGGAUGGAGAUGAUUGGGCAAAUGUUAAAAGAAAGGAACAUCCCAGACUUACAAGGUUCUGAGUCUCUUGACUUUCUAAAGGUUGAUUAUGUGGACUAUAAUUUUUCAAACAUAAAAAUCAAUGCCUUUUCAUUUCCAAAUACUUCCUUAGCCUUUGUGCCAGGGGUGGGAAUCAAAGCACUGACCAACCACGGCACUGCCAACGUCAGCACCAACUGGGCGGUCAAGUCUCCACUCUUCAAAGACGCAGGAGGAGCUGAUCUGUUCCUCUCCGGGGUCUACUUUACUGGUAACAUUAUCCUAAACCGAAAUGAUUUUGGUCAGCCACUCCUGAAGCUUGAAGACUGCUAUGCCCAAGUGAGCCAUGCCCAUGUCUCAUUUUUUGGACAGUUCAGUGUCCUGUAUAACUCCUUUGCUGAGCCCAUGGAGAAACCCAUUUUAAAGAACUUAAAUGAAAUGCUCUGCCCCAUUAUCACAGGCGAGGUUGAAGCGCUGAACGUGAAUCUCAGCACACUGGAGGUCCUAACAAAGAUUGACAACUACACUCUUCUGGAUUAUUCCAUAAUCGAUUCUCCAGAAAUUACUGAGAACUCCCUUGACGUGAAUUUUAAGGGCACAUUCUACCCUCUGGAGAACCUUGUCAACCCCCCCUUCUCACCAGCUCCUUUUGUGCUGCCCAAACGCAGUGACUCUAUGCUCUACAUUGGGAUCUCAGAGUACUUCUUCAAAUCUGCAUCUUUUGCUUAUUACACAGCGGGGGCUCUCGAUGUCACGUUCUCCACCAAAGAGAUUUCCAACCAUCUCAUUCAAAAUUCUCAAGGCCUUGGCAACGUGCUCUCCCGGAUUGCAGACAUCUACAUCUUGGCCCAGCCCUUCAUGGUGCGGAUCAUGGCCACAGAGCCUCCCGUUAUCAACUUACAACCGGGCAACUUCUCCCUGGACAUCCCUGCCUCCAUCAUGAUACUCAUCCAACCUGAGAACUCCACUGUGAAAACCAUCGUGUCCAUGGACUUUGUUGCUAGUACCAGUGUCGGCCUGGUUAUUUUGGGACAAAGACUUAUCUGCUCCUUGUCUCUCAACAGAUUCCGCCUGUCUUUGCCGGAACCCAAUCGCAGCAAGAUUGAGGUCCUGAGGUUUGAGAAUAUUUUGUCCUCCAUCCUUCACUUUGGGGUCCUCCCCCUGGCCAACGCAAAAUUGCAGCAAGGAUUUCCUCUGCCCAACCCUUACAACAUUUCAUUCGUCAAUUCAGAUAUUGAAGUUCUUCAGAGCUUCCUUCUGAUUUCCACCGACCUGAGGUAUGCAGCAUCCUUGGAGCAGCAGCCGAGUCUCCCUGGUUGGAAAGAUCUGAACCUGCUCAGUGGACGGUGGCAGGGGAAGCCUGCCCCGUGACUGCCUCUUGAGUCCACCCCAGGAAGCCAAUGGCCCCGAAUCCCACAGCUCCUGUCAACCCAGAGCGGAAUGACAGUGCACACUGGGGUGAUAACGCCCUGGUGAGUUGCACAGGCAGGAAGUUUCUAGAAGGAGACAAAAUGGGCUAAAGGGCAAACUGGGCUAUGUGUGCCUUUGAGCCUGGAGUGUGUGUGUGUGUGGGGGGGGUUGGAUGUGUGUGCAUGCUGGGUGUGCCUGCGUUUUUGAGAUUCUAGGGCAGAGAGCUAGGCAUGUACCUCUGACAGAUGAGUAAGAAACCCCGAAGUCUGUGCUUGUGUCGGUAUCACCAGCGGAGACCCCUUCAGCUCUCGAGUGUUUCCGUUACCUGUAUAUUGGAUUUUAUGUUUUAUAUUCACCAUUACUGUCCCCCUGAA